AGAUACCUAUGGUUGCUACUUAUUGUACUAGCAAUAGCCUUAUCUAUUUAUUUUAUAAUGCAAAUGUGGUUCAAAUAUGACGAAAAUCCAUUUAUAGUAACUUUAGCCACACGAGCACAACCCAUAUUUUCCAUACCAUUUCCUGCAGUUACUAUUUGUCCUGUAGCCAAAGCGAACAGGACUGUUUUUAAUUACACGAACGUUGCCCACAAGUUAUGGGAUCAAGAGGAAGUAACUCCAUACGAAAGAGAAACAACCCAAUAUAUGACAAUGAUUUGUGAAAAUGAUGAUGUCAAUAGGUAUCUUCCACAAAACGCUACCUUUACCGAUGACAUCUACAAAAGAUUGGACGAGCUAGAUUCUACCAAAACAAUAUUAGAAGAAUCAACGAUCUGUACUUUUAUGCAAAAUGUAGAACAAUGUACAAAUGUUUUAGUACCCAUUAUAUCAGAUCAUGGAAUAUGUUAUACAUUUAAUAUGUUAAAGAGAGAAGACAUAUACAAACCAAAAGUUCAGCAAUAUGAAAAUUUUCAUCAGCAUAAUGAAAUAAAUAAAUGGACCAACGACAAUGGUUAUUCUGAAGGUGCAAAUAAAAACGUUUAUCCAAGGAGAGCGUUACAACUAGGCGUUGAGAAUGGGUUAAUGAUAAUAAUACCGCAAAUUAUGGGAGACACAGACUACCUUUGCUCAGCUGAUUUCGGAUAUACGGUUACAAUUCACGCACCAAAUUCAAUCCCAACGAUAAGUCGAAAUUAUUUCUUCAUGCCAUUUGAUACAUCUACUACAGUUCUUAUUAGACCUAGUUUGAUGACAACAUCAGCAAUUGUCAAGGCUUACAAGCUAGCUGACAGACAAUGUUACUUCUCUGAUGAAAGAUAUUUAGACUAUUUCUUAACUUACACACAAGAAAACUGUUAUUUGGAAUGCCUGGCUAAUUAUACGUUACAAAAAUGUGGUUGUGUAAAUUUUUUUAUGCCUCGUACAAACACAACAAAAAUUUGCGGCAAUGCAAUGAUUAACUGUAUGGAAGAAGCAGAAAAUGAACUAAAAAUGCUUGAAUUGAACAGUCAAUUAAAGGAAAAACAAACUGCUACUUACAAAAGUUGUAACUGUCUUCCUCUCUGCACAGAAUUGUCUUUUAAUACUGAAACAACGAGCUAUCCUUGGCAGUGGAAACAAUAUUUUGGAGCACGUAAAAAUCUUAAUAUUUCGCAAGAAACCAUGAACAUUAUGCAUUUUUCGAUGCUGCAAGUAUUCUUCAAUUCCGACCAAUUUAUACCCUACGAAAAGAAUGAACUUUAUGGACCGUUUGACUUUUUAUCAAAUUUUGGAGGACUGUUGGGUCUUUUCACAGGGUUUUCUCUAUUAUCUGCUGUCGAAUUGAUUUACUUUAUAUCAGUGAGAUUAUGGUGUAACAGAAGAUUAUAUAACAAUUUUGAUGGACCUCCUGAUGCUGAAGAAGUCUGAAGCCUAAUAAUUUAAAAUCCAUUCUCUCUAAAUUUGUUCGUAUGGUCUGUAUCUAGCAUAGCAACGGCGAUCCUAUAUAUAUAUAGAGCUUCCACUCUUCAGGCCUACUUGGAUCUUCUUUCCAUAAGGAAAAUCCACAGUAAUGUCAUUAAAAAGAAGAGUCCAGAUGUUUGUUAUUCGAAAAACAUUGCAUAUAACCAUAGACAAUAUAUUAUCUAAAUUAGACUCGCCCUUCACACUGUAUAACCAAUACACCUUCUGUCCGCAGAUAUUCGCUCCGUGCGUGACAGCAGCGCCAAUUCAUUUUUGUACUAAUGGACUAUUUUUGCGUAUACAGAAAACAGAAUUUUUAAUAGAAUUAGUAGGUAAUUAAAAAAUAUAUAUGUUAGUUUAAAUAAAAGUAUAAGGAUUUGUAAAACAAGUAAAACAUUAAUUUUUUAUUAAUAUUAUAUAUUUUUAUCGCCUAAACUAAAAAAAACUAAGUAUAAUCAACAAAAAUAAAUAUUAAAAUAUAGGCAGUAUUUACAGGAAAAUGUAUGAGAAGUUACCUAAGUCUAAUAAGUUGUCUUUGAAGAAUUAACCUAUUCUGUCAAAAUAAAAAUAAUAAUAAUAAAUAAUAGCGUGAAGUUAAAAUGUAUAAACAGAAGGAUUGUUAUUUAUAUUUUCAGUUUUGUUCGAAAGGAAACAUAGAAUAAAUGAUUAAAACUGGUUUCCUAUCAGUAAAUCACAAAAUUGCAUUCCAGCCACAUAAAAUAAUCAAAGGCAGAAAUCCAGUUUUUAAGAUUAAAGGGAUGUUGAAGAAACAUCGUAAAAUGAUCAUUUAUUGUUUAUUUAAAACCUUUCAAGUUUCUAAUGUUUACUAUUGCCAGUACUACUGUUAUUAUUACAGAAAUAAAGGUAAUUUUUCUUCUUAUUUUAACACCCAUCCAUUUAUUUCUUUGAUUUAAUUUGCACUUUGCUACUGAACAUUUUUAUAAUUUACUGUUUUUUAUUUUCUAGUAUUUUUACAAUUUUAAACACAGCAACUCCGGUUGCUUAUUGUAUUGUUUUUACCUACUUUUUUGAUAAAAAAAGUAAAAUGUAUACGUGUAGUUAAUUAGCCAAAAUUACAAAUUAUCGCCCUAAAAUGCACGAAUUAUCCGCUGCUAGCGCUAGUAUCGCUUUUGCUUCCCCUACCAUGACUACGCACUGAGCGAAUACCAGGCGGGAAAAGGGGUAUCGUACAUCGCACAUAGCCGUAGUGUUUUGGGAUGGUUUAUUUUGAUUUUAUAAAAAUUAUGUAUUGAUCAAAUCUUAAUAAUAUAUAAACGUUUAAUAGGUCUUUUGAAUCAAAGGUAAAUUUGAACAAAACCGUUCUGUAUAUUUUAUUAUAGAUUAAAAUGGCAGCUCAAAUUGGAGAGAAACAGUUUUAUUAGUAAUUCAAACAACGACGAAAAACUACUAGGAUAAUCCAUUCAUUCAAAAUUAAGCCCUUAUUUAUUUAAAUUAUUCAGAUUGUGUUUUAUAUUACGCAUCGGCUGCCGAAUUAGAAAGAACGAGACGGCUGCUAAUUUAAGUGGGAAUAAUUUGUGCCAGUUUGUUUAUCUAAGGAGCGAUCAUUUGUUUUAUGAACAAUUCAGUACUUACGUCUACGACGCUUGCUUUACAUUGCUAUCAAAAUUUAAAAUAAUUGCCAAAUUUAUUGAAAAUUACCUUCAAAUAUGAUAGUUGCAACGAGAAAAAUACAUUAAACUUAUAAUAACUGUUAUUAAAAAUGCAAAUAUACUUCCUUAAUGUAAUUUUAUAAGCAUUUUCUGUGUUUUAGAGCCUUAUGUUAAGUCAAUACCAAAUUAUAACCAUAAACAAUCCAAGUAACAUAACGCAUACAUACUCAUAAUAAUUGGACAACACCGUAAAUGUUUGCAAUUUGAUUUUUGUAAACAAAAUUAAUCUAGUAGUUGUUCGUCGUUAAUUUGUGCUAAAUUGCGAAUGUGUUAUUUUAGAUCAUUGUUAAAAAAUACAUGAAUAGCAGUAAAAAUAUAAAACUAUUUAGUAUUAUUAUUAUUAUUAUUAUUUUGUGUCAUCUUUAGGAACAGCACUGUUAAUUAGAACCCAACAGUAAAUGGUCGAGUGGGGAAUCCUACCAAAGCAUAAGAAUUAAUUUUAAAUAAAUAAAUUAAAUGAAAAAAUCCCGACAAACGGUGGAAUUCGAACCGAACCUUGGAUCCGCAGGCAGAGGCUCUACCACUGAGCCACCCCCCCCCCUCCCAUUUUAUUAUUUAUUAUUAUUAUUAUUAUUUUUGUUUAAUUUGGUGUCAUCAGCAUCGACUACUAAUGCCAUUAGCCUCGUG